AUGGUUACAGAAACAAAUCGAUAUGCUGCAGUGGAAAUAAACAAGCAAUGUCCUUUAAGAAGAGAAUCACGUUUGAAAUCUUGGAAGGACACAGAUGCUAAGGAAAUGAAACAGUUCAUUGCAUUGUUGCUUCACAUGGGUCCAAAAACCUUGCCUACUAUACAACACUACUGGAGUACUGAUGUUCUAUACAGUUUGCCAUUUUUUGGUGGUGUCAUGAGUCGCAACCGUUUCCAACUACUUUUGUGUUUCUGGCAUUUUGCAGACAAUGAUCAGCAUAAUGACGAUCGCCUGUUCAAGAUACGCACUGUUCUGGAUCAUUUUAACGAUGUCAUGCCGGCUAUUUACUAUCCAGGGAAAGAUCUCUCUAUUGAUGAGUCCAUGGUACUUUGGCGUGGCAAAUUGCUGUUUCGCCAGUAUAUCAAGAAUAAACGUCAUAAAUAUGGAAUCAAACUCUAUGAACUGUGCGAGCCUCGAGGCACUGUUCUGAAGAUUCGGGUAUACAGUAGCGUCCACGUAACUGAUGAUGACGGCUAUGGUCAAGCUGCUGCAACUGUUCUAGACCUCUUGGACGGCUACCUAGACAAAGGCCAUGUGGUGUACACAGAUAAUUAUUACAAUUCUGUGAGUCUGGUGAAGAAGAUGACAAACCGAUCAACCUAUCUUUGUAGAACUCUGCGAUUUGACAGAAAAGAGCCCUGCCUGCUGUCCACGCCCCAAACCUGUACCCACUUUUCGCUCUUGAACCGGCCCUGGCAGCCAUCAUACAUCCCAACUCUACACCCAGUUAGAGGACUGGAACUGUCCCUGCCUGCUGUCCACGCCCCAUCAGUAUACACAGUAUAA